AUGAAGUCGCUGCGGUUCAUCAGUGCCGAAGYGCUCGUGUCGAAUGCCGAGUUCGCCCGGAGGAGCCUCGGCAGCGUUGCUCAUAACCUCUUCCCGCUUCUUUUCAAAGCUAGCUAUUUACUGGAGCAAGGAGAAGUGAUCCACGACCUCGUAGAGAACUGGCCCCUUGUGGACUUGAACGUGGGGAAACUUCUGGGCAAAACGGCGGACUGCGAGGAGGACCUGAGCCACAGGACGUGCUCGGUGUGCUUGCAAAGCUGUCUCACCGGCCUCAGGGACUACGUGCUGCAUCCUCCCUCRCCCUACAUGAAAAGGUUGAAAGUGGUGGACCUGACGGGCAUAAAGGACGUCGAAGUUCAGGCCUGCACGUGCAAGAAGCCGCUGGGCCGCUGGGCGAGGACGCAGCUGCUCUGCAAGCUCUGCUUGGAGCUGCUGCUGCGGCCGCCGCGGCCGGGCGCCGCCGAGCUCAGCGUCGACGUCCUCGUCGACCUGUUCGUGACCGAGCGCAACUACGAGCUUGUGGUGCAGGCCCUGCUCACCAAGCGCUCCUGCCCACUGAAGAUCCACUGCGUGGCCUUCAGGGCCGACAGCCUGGCCCUGCACAAGUUCUUCUACGUCGUCAGGCUGGCGGAUCCCGCCCUGCUGCGCAAGCUGGAGGUGGUCCACAACGUGCGCUUGGAAAUGGAGCACCUGGAGGUCCUCCUGGCCAGCGUCCGCUUCCCCCUGCUCGCGUCGCUGACGCUGCCGGCGCGCACGUUCAACGUGCGGCGGCUGACGGCCGCCGACGAGCUGGUGCUUUCAGCCAUUGGGGAGAAGAUGAGCGAGAUGCCCCACCUGACGGAGCUGAGCAUGGCCUUUUCYGUCCUCACGGGAAGAAUACGGAAACUGCUCAGCCCCUUGAAAACGCCCCUGAAGGUGUUAGAUGUUUCCAACUGCUCCCUCAACCAUGCUGAUAUGGCCUAUUUAGCCAACAGCCUCCACUCAAGCCACUUGGAAGUCCUGGACUUGAGUGGGCACAAUAUUCCCGACCUUUAUCCAUCGACGUUCUUCAAGCUGCUCAGCCAUUCCUCUUCAGUGCUCAGGAGCCUCAUCCUGGAGGAGUGUAACAUCCAGGACAGCCACGUCAACAUGCUGAUUCUUGCAUUAAGCCCCUGUCGGAAACUACAGGAGUUUAAGUUCCUUGGAAACCCCCUGUCAUCUGAAGCCCUUAAACACCUUUUCGUGUUUUUCUGUGAGCUGCCAAUGCUGAAAAACGUGGAGUUCCCAGUGCCAAGGGACUGCUACCCGCUGGGCACCACCUACCCCAUAGACGAUGCCAACCUCUGCAGUUUCGAUCGCCAGAAAUACGAGAGGGUGGCAGAGGAGCUCAAGUGCAUCCUGCUACAAGGGAACAGGGAGGGAGUGAAGGCUUCAACCCCGCUCUUCGGCAGCUACGACGCGGCUGUGGAGGAGACCAACAAUGAACUGGGAACUUACUUGAUGAAGUCCUUCAAAGAGACCUUGGAGAAGUUCACUAACUCCCUUAAAGAAAUGAGUCUGACUUGACACGCUAGUGGGGCUGAGACGCUCUGCCCAAUUGGAAGCUAAUUUAGUCUUUAACAGAUGAUCCCUGUCUUGWUCCAUUGAGUUUACUCUUUAACGUGUGGGCUGAAUUUAAUUCUGUUUGAGUGGCCUCAGGUUAUCUGAGGUGUUUUAACUCUACUGUCCGUGUUGCAUGGCACUUAACAGCACCACCUAGUCUCAAAAGAGGAGAGAGG